CGAGUCGGAAGCCAGUGCGCGGCCCCCGAGCCGGCCCGGGCGCUCGGAGAGCGCGCGGAACUCGCUGCGGCGGAGGCCGAGCGGCGGCGGGCGCCGGGCGGGGAGCGAGCCGAGCCUUGAGCGGGGCUCCGGAUCCCCGGGCCGCGGCGCCGGCUCCCUCGCACCCUCGCCGGCCAGGGGUCGGCUGCGGCUCGCGUCGGUGGCGUCCUCGCCGCCUGCCCCGGCCGGGCCCCGUCCCGGAACCGUCGGGCAUGGAGCCGUGGAGACAGUGCGCCCAGUGGCUCAUCCACUGCAAGGUGCUGCCCGCCAACCACCGGGUGACCUGGGACUCGGCGCAGGUGUUCGACCUGGCGCAGACCCUCCGCGAUGGAGUCCUUCUCUGCCAGCUGCUUAACAACCUCCGGGCGCGCUCCAUCAACCUGAAGGAGAUCAACCUGAGGCCGCAGAUGUCCCAGUUCCUCUGUUUGAAGAACAUACGGACGUUUCUGGUGGCCUGUUGCGAGACCUUUGGAAUGAGAAAGAGCGAACUGUUCGAGGCGUUCGACCUGUUUGAUGUUCGUGACUUUGGAAAGGUGAUAGAAACAUUAUCUCGACUUUCUCGAACACCGAUAGCGUUGGCCACAGGGAUCAGGCCGUUCCCGACGGAGGAAAUCGUCAGUGAUGAGGACGUCUACAAAGCCCUGCCUGACUUAAUCGACGAAACCCACGUGGAGGACGAAGAAGGUUUCUACGACUGCGUGUACGGGGAGGAUGAGGGCGGCGAGGUCUACGAGGACUUGAUGAAGGCGGAGGAGGCGCAGCAGCCCGUAGGACUCUCACUUGCCUUGCUGUCUAAGUUACUUUGGAAAUCUCUAGAAAAUGACAUACGGAGUUGCUGCCUAACAGAAAUUAAGCAGACAGAAGAAAAAUACACAGAAACAUUGGAGUCCAUAGAAAAAUAUUUCAUGGCCCCACUGAAACGGUUUCUGACGACCGCAGAAUUUGAUUCUGUCUUCAUCAACAUUCCUGAACUUGUAAAAGUUCAUCGGAACUUAAUGCAAGAAAUUAAUGAUUCCAUUGUAAAUAAAAACGACCAGAAUUUGUAUCAAAUUUUCAUUAACUACAAGGAAAGGCUGGUUAUUUACGGGCAGUACUGCAGCGCAGUGGAGUCGGCCAUCUCGAGUCUGGACAACAUCGCGAAGACGAAGGAAGACGUGAAGCUGAAACUGGAGGAAUGUUCCAAGCGAGCCAAUAAUGGGAAAUUCACUCUUCGAGAUUUGCUCGUGGUCCCGAUGCAACGUGUCUUAAAGUAUCACCUUCUCCUGCAGGAACUGGUCAAGCACACCACCGACCCCGUGGAGAAGGCGAAUCUGAAACUGGCCCUCGAUGCUAUGAAGGACUUGGCACAAUACGUGAACGAAGUGAAGAGAGAUAAUGAGACCCUUCGUGAAAUUAAGCAGUUUCAGCUCUCUAUAGAAAAUCUGAACCAACCAGUUCUGGUUUUCGGACGGCCGCAGGGAGAUGGGGAGAUUCGGAUCACCACCUUAGACAAGCACGCCAAACAGGAGAGGCACAUCUUCCUGUUUGACUUGGCCGUGAUCGUCUGCAAAAGGAAAGGCGAUAACUAUGAGAUGAAGGAAAUAAUAGACCUCCAGCAGUACAAAAUCGCCAACAACCCCACGACCGAUAAAGAGAACAAGAAGUGGUCUUAUGGCUUCUACCUCAUCCAUACCCAAGGACAAAAUGGGUUAGAAUUUUAUUGCAAAACAAAAGAUUUAAAGAAAAAAUGGCUGGAACAGUUUGAAAUGGCUUUGUCUAACAUCCGGCCAGACCACGCCGACUCCAACUGCCAUGAGUUUAAGAUGCACACCUUCACCCGGGUGACCUCCUGCAAGGCCUGCCACAUGCUCCUCAGGGGCACAUUUUAUCAAGGCUACCAGUGUGUCAAGUGUGGCGCGAGAGCACACAAAGAAUGUCUGGGCAGAGUAGACAGCUGUGGCAGAGUUAAUUCUGCUGAACCAGGGAUGCUCAAAGCACCGGAGAAACGGACAAAUGGACUGCGGAGAGGCUCCAGACAGGUGGAUCCAGGUUUACCAAAGAUGCAGGUCAUCAGGAACUACGUUGGGACGCCGCCUCCCGCACUUCACGAAGGGCCCCCGCUGCACAUCCAGGCCGGGGACACAGUUGAACUUCUGAGGGGAGACGCACACAGUCUGUUCUGGCAGGGUAGAAACUUAGCAUCUGGAGAGGUCGGGUUCUUUCCGAGUGAUGCCGUCAAGCCUUGCCCAUGUGUGCCCAAACCAGUAGAUUAUUCUUGCCAGCCAUGGUAUGCCGGUGCUAUGGAGAGAUUGCAGGCGGAGACCGAACUUAUUAACAGGGUCAACAGUACUUACCUGGUGAGGCACCGGACCAAAGAGUCAGGAGAAUAUGCAAUUAGCAUUAAGUACAAUAAUGAAGCAAAGCACAUCAAGAUUGUAGCCAGAGAUGGCUUAUUUCACAUUGCAGAAAAUAGAAAAUUUAAAAGUUUAAUGGAGCUUGUGGAGUAUUACAAGCAUCAUUCCCUCAAAGAAGGGUUCCGAACCUUAGACACCACUCUCCAGUUUCCGUACAAGGAGCCAGAACAUUCAGCUGGACAGAGAGGCACCAGGGCAGGCAACAGCUUGCUGAGUCCGAAAGUGCUGGGCAUCGCCGUGGCGCGCUACGACUUCUGUGCUCGGGACAUGCGCGAGCUGUCCUUGCUGAAAGGGGACGUGGUGAAGAUCUACACGAAGAUGAGUGGGAACGGCUGGUGGAGAGGGGAAGUGAAUGGCAAGGUGGGCUGGUUCCCAUCCACAUAUGUGGAAAUGGACGAGUAGACGCUAGUCCCGUGUGGCACCUGGCACCAGAAACCCAGGGAAGGGGCCAGCCGCCAAAGCUGGCGCGGCGCGGCGACGGAGCCCAAGUGUUUCAGAAGCUGCCUUUCUGGCUAUUCCACAUCCUCCCUUCUAAGUCUUAAUGUCGGGUCUGAAAGUGCUGGUCCCGACAGAUGAACGGUUCGCCGAGAGCCGGCCAAGAAGCAGCUGACCAGCCGGUCGUUGUCAGGAACCAGGGCAGAGCCAAAAGCUGCUGUUUCCCAAAGACCCCUGCACACACCUUGGCUCACCUUUCCUUCUCCUUUGUCCGGACACAUCGCCCACCACUGGUAAACGUGUGCCGCGUCUUUCUCCUCGAUCCAGUCACAGGAUCCUUCUGUGGGACGGAGCAGCAGACAUUUAAUUUUGUCCCCAUUUCCAGCGCAAAGGAAAAUGAGAGCUCCGCCCUUCAUGCAGCCCAGUGGAGGGGUCAGCUGGACGCAUCUGACACAGCCUCACAGGAUGACUCGUUGCCUGGCAAACACUUUUAUUUAAUUAUUCAUUUGAUAUCCUGACCAUCUUUGCAAGCUGCUUUAUGAAAGGACAAAAGUACAUAAAAGAGGGUGGCUCCGGAUAAAAUCCUCACAACCCGUGUGACUUCCUAGGGUUCUUUUGGAGACGUAGCACCUCACCUGGCGAAACCAUCACCGGGUGUGUUGCAGGUCGUUGCAAGGAGCCUGAGUGAGGAGACAUCGCUUACAGAAGCAGGUUAAGGGCUAUAAUUUACAUGAGGUCAUUUCACAGGAGCAUUGUCUGGGAACACACGCCUUUCCACACCUCCCCGCCCAGACCUCGGACACCGUUGCUGAUUUUCCCAUUUCCCCGCAGUAUUUGCAGGAGCGCCGGUUUGUUGAGGACUGUGGGAGGGAAGCACGGGGGCGGGGCGGGGGUCCUUGGCGCAUUUCUGGGACCAGAGGGACACUCAGGCGUCCCGGUCUUUCUCAGCAGGGAGCCCCCAACUUCUCGCGGAGGGUCUCCCCAUCUGCUGGUUCUUUCUGGGGUGUAGUAACCAGGGGAAGAUAGGUUUUUGCAGUGGAUUUAUUUGACCAAACCUUCACUUUUCAUGCGAGGACUCGGAACAUGUUCUCCCUGGGACACACGGACUGCCCGGUCCGGUCAGUCCAUGCACUCACUUGGUCCUUCCCCAGUGACAUUGGUUUUCCACAGCUGAAGUCGUGUCCUGACAAGAUGCAGCGGAUGGAGGAAACCAAACAAAGCAUUAGAAGCAUUACCUACAAAGAUUUGGGAUUGUCCCUGAAAGGUGGGAGGUGCCACUGCUCACUCCCCAAGCCACUCGAAUUCCAGAACCAGACAUUCAGUGGCCACCGCCCCUCCCGCCCCCGUGGAGCCCCUGCUGGCUAAGCCUUCCCAAAUAGGGUCCACACAGGGCCUGUACCUCAGAGUUACGUAAACUGUGAUUGUGUUUUAGAGCAAUUCCUAUUCGCUAAAACCAAUUGAUUUUUUUUUGUAUAUGUGUAAAUGAUCACCAAAAUGGGUUUGUGAAGCGCCCUGUAUGCGGAGUUGCCCGCAGUGGAGUCUGCCUCUAAGUCCUCCCUGUGACUCUGUGUCUGGUGUCUUGUCUGUUGCGUCUGUUUUUGUGGAGAGACAGCGUCACGCCAACGGAGACACUCCUGUGUAGGGUAUUGUGGCUGCCGGUGUUUCUUUCAUUGUUUCUUUAGCCACUAGACGCCCUUCCCCAUGGUGGUGUUUGGUCUUCCUGUGCAUUUCAUGGACCUGGGUGGGGUCCCAGCAGAAGGUAUUGGAGCCCCUUUCACCAUGUUGCUGAGCACAUCUUUGUCUGGUUGAUACUUUGUACUGCAGACGUGAAAUGCUGCGGGUUCGUGUCGAUUUCUGAUACCAAAGACGAGUCGCAGUUUCUCCCUUUACUUGCCUGUGUGCAGCCUCAUGUAAUAUGGUGAGCGAGAGUGGUGUUUCACUUUGUAAUAUUUUGUAAAUAUGUCAAUAAAAUAAAUAGCUACCACCUGCAUUAAAUGGGUCUCUCCAGA